GCCGAACCAAAUCUGCCGCUACACACUAUAGCCGAGAUGAUUGAUCAGUGCAAUAAAAAAAAAAAACGAGUAGGCCCCUACCGGACAGUCCGGUAUCUUAAUUCUUCCUGGAGGAAUCUGGGUCUAUGUACGGUUUGAAUGGUAGGAGGGGUAUUAUGGAUCCCGAAGUCAUCAAGCAAAGGGAACUCUGAAGAGGAUCUUUGUGUCAAAUCUCGAGUCCUGCAGAGAAGGCCAUACUAAAAAGAAGGGCGACAUGGAAUUAUAUCUUGUAUUGAGAAGAUGUGAUGUUUCAUAUCAUAUGCACUGUAAAGAAUGAGCAGAGAUUACAUGUACUGGAACCAGAGAUAGGAGCUAAGAUAAUGACGUAGGAUUGCAUCAGUCGAGAAGCUGAGAACAGUACUCCCAAUUCCUGUUCAGUCAUGGAAAUGAUACCAUCAGUUCCCAUCAAUAUUUUCAUCAAGGAAGAAAGAGAAGAGACCUUGUUGGACACCGAGGGGAAUGAAGAUGAGACCAAACAUAUUGUUUCUGGGUACACCAUCAAGAAAGAACCUGAAGAAGACAGGGAAGAAGAGGAAGAUGGCGUCUUGUCAACAAAUCAAGAAGGGUGGGAAAGCCAUGAUGACAGUUUCGAGUCGGGUUCAGAUAGAGGUGGAGUGGGAAGCACAGCCCAUAGUCCUGAGUCAGGUUCUGAUGGAGAUGAAGCAGAAUCUAAACAUUUUACAUCAGAAGAUAUCAUUGACAAUGGACAAGCAUUGGUAGGACACCAUGCCUCAAUCAGAAGUGGAGCUGUAUCCAAUCUCGGCGUAUGUUCUGUAGAAAAGCUGAGUCACUGUACAAAUUCCAGCGAGAUAUUUCGACCCAGUGUUCCUCACCGUGAUAUACACAUAGGACGAAAGGAGUGUGAAUGCUUCCGUUGUGAUGAAAAAUAUUCCAACAAGUGCGAUUCAAACCGCCAUAUUCUUACCCACUCAGGAGAGAAACGAUAUGAGUGUUUACAAUGUAAAAAGAAAUUUUCAACAAAGAGUAAUCUUAAUGCUCAUCUCUGCUAUGACUCUGAAGAAGGAAAACCAUACGUUUGUUCGGUUUGCGAAAAACAGUUUUGUAAGGAUUCUCUAAAACACCAUCUCAUUGCUUUCACAGGACUAAAGCCACAUGAAUGCAUCUAUUGUAAGAAAAGAUUUUGUCAAAAGGGUGACCUUAAACCCCAUCUCCUAUCUCACACUGGAGAAGAACCAUAUAAAUGUUCAAUUUGUAUCAAGGGGUUUUCGAGUGAGGAUGCUCUGAACCGCCAUUUUAUAGCGCACACAGGAGAAAAUCCAUUUGUAUGCGGCUAUUGUAAGAAAGGAUUUACUAAGAAUUCUGAACUCCAACGUCAUAUCCUAACCCACACAGAAAAUCCAUUUGUAUGCGGCUAUUGUAAGAAAGGAUUUUCUAAGAAUUCAGACCUCCAACGUCAUAUCCGAACCCACACCGGAGAAAAUCCAUUUGAAUGUGGCUAUUGUAAGAAAGGAUUUGGGAAGAAUUCUGAACUGCUACGCCAUAUCCUAACCCACACAGGAGAUAAGCCGUUUGAAUGUUCAUAUUGUGAGAAAAAAUUUUCUCAAAAGGGUUCCCUGAAAUGCCAUAUGCGAACCCACACAGGAGAGAAACCAUAUAAAUGUCCACACUGUGAGAAGGAAUUUGGUGAAAAAGGAAGCCUUAACCGUCAUCUCCCACAGCACACAGGAGAAAGGCCAUAUGAAUGCUGCCAUUGUAAGAAACGAUUCCGUCUGUAUAGAGAACUCAAGUGCCAUCUCCUGAUCCACACAGGAGAAAAGCAAAAUGAAUGUCCAGACUGUGGCAAAGUAUAUGCUCACAAACGCAGUCUAAGCCGCCAUCUUUUAAUCUGCAAAGGAGAGAAGCCGUAUGAAUGCAUGUAUUGUAAGAAAGGGUUUUCUCAGAAGGCUGGUCUUAAACGACAUGUUCGCACCCACACUGGAGAAAAACCAUAUGAAUGUGCUCACUGUAGGAAAGGCUUUGCUCAGAAUGGUGCUCUUAAACAGCAUAUCAAAACCCACACAGAAAAGCCUUAAUAUGCCCACCUGUAUACAAUUUGAUAAUUACUGUCCAUAUUCUUUCCGAUUAUCUCCAAACUUGAGGAGUAAUAUGUCAAAACUUUAUAAUUGAUAAAAUAAGCUUUAUAUUCAUACGGCUAUAUAAGGGUAAUCAUUAGUUUACUAAUGUAUUUAAGGCUAUUUAUAUACAAGAGUCAAACCAAUUUGAAAAUAGGGGAACAUUUCAUGAAACAAUUACCGGUACAUAAUAGCAAGAUCGUACAGUACAUAGACCGUGCAAUGAAAUGCUCGGGAGGAACGCCCUACAGCGUUGAGUAAGUAACAACGUUUUUUUACCUUUGCGUAUCGUGAUAUGGUUGUGUACAAAACAUAUGAGAGAAAUGGUGAAGGGGUGAAGGAAUAGACAAUUUCUACAUUUUAGGAUUUUUUUUUAUUCAUUUUUUUUCCUUAAAUCAAGGAUGAAUAUAUUUCAGAGAUUUCUGGGUAAUAAAAUGUGGAAUUAUUGCCAUGUGCCUCCCUUGAGCCCUCUACAAAAUUCCCUUCAUUUUCCCAUGUUUCAUACCCAGGUGGUGCACUGAUCUGAAUAAUAUCUAUAUAGUAUACAGAUCAGUGGUCGCGUGUCGAUGUGUUAAGAUUUACUUAACUCUAGUGAGCGCCCUACCCCAUGAGCAUUACUUGAGCGUUAAAAAAAAAUCGCUGAAGUGUCUGAUCUUCCCCUUGUAGUAUCUUUGAUAAUCGGCAGUGACAUUCACUUAUGAACUAUUAUUUGUUACUGAAAUCCUUACCUCAAAAUUGGCUAGAAACAAAAUUACUAGUCAGUGUCAAUAUCUGAUUAUUUGCUUCAUGAAACAUUUCCCAGUCUUCAGAUAAUUAUAAUGGAGAGAUUUAUGAACCUGCCUAAAGUCCUAUUCAGAACCCAAGGGAUAAAUUGAGAAACCUCUAUUUAGUCUCAGGUUCUAAGUUCUUCUUACCCAUUUGUAGGUCAAUUAGAUCCCAGUUUGAGGGGUAGAUCUACUCCUGCAUAGAAAAUAUGUGCUCUAAACAAAACUGUUUUCAUAAAUCAUUGAUCACAUAGAAUAAUGGAGAUUACUCGAUCAGGAUUGAGUCUGACCUAACUGUCUCAUUCUGUUGGAAUCCUGCUCAAUCUACCCCCCCCCCCACCAUUUUCAGCAUGGACAAAUACGAUUCCUGUUAAAAAGUGCUUCAAUAUUAUAGAUAUAAGUCUAUGUGAAGAAAGAUUUUAUAAUUGUAUUGCCUGUUUUUCUUUGUACAUAUUAAAAAUUUUGCAUAGACUUUGAGCAAGACUGAUGAUUAAAAAGCAGAAUGACAA